CGAGCUAACUUCCAAUGACAAGUAAAGAAAUAUAACCAUGAUAACUGUGUCGACCUACAGAGAAAUUCAGGUAGUGACAGUGUGUCAGGACAAACGCACGACAAAGAAGUCGUCCUUCUUUCGCUGCCCAACGAACUAGCACUCCCAGACAACAUGGCAGAGUCACUUGCAAGCCAACUUUUUCGGCCCGUGGAGGCCACAACUGCCUUCAAGCCGGUAAAAGUGACGGUUGUCGGCGUUGGCGCUGUUGGAAUGGCGUGUGCUUUCAGCCUUGUCCAGCAGGGCCUGGUGUCAGAGCUCGCCCUGGUGGACAUUGACAAGUCCAAGAUGGAAGGCGAAGUACUUGACCUUCAGCAUGGCAUGGUCUUCACUAGCCCCGUGAAGGUCACGGGCAGCCCCGGCCCAGAGUCCAGCGCCGGGUCAGACUUGGUCAUCAUCACUGCCGGUGUGCGGCAGAGAGAGGGAGAGCCCCGUCUGAGUCUCGUGCAGAGGAAUGUCAACAUCUACAAGUCUCUCAUUCCUAAGCUGGUUGAGUUGAGCCCGGAUACCUUAUUCCUGGUCGUCUCCAAUCCAGUGGAUGUGCUGACGUACGUGACGUGGAAACUGAGCGGCCUGCCCGCACACCGAGUGUUCGGCAGUGGCACCAAUCUGGACUCGUCUCGCUUCAGAGUGCUGCUGGCCGAGCGCUUGGACGUGGCCCCUAGCAGUGUGCAUGGCUGGGUGAUCGGCGAGCAUGGAGACAGCAGUGUGCCCGUCUGGAGCGGGGUCAAUGUCGCUGGUGUUCCCUUCAAGCAGGUCUGUCCGACGUUUGGCACUCCCGAUGAUCCCGAGAAGUGGAUCGAAUCUCACAAGCAGGUGGUGGAUGGUGCCUAUGAGGUGAUCAGACUGAAGGGCUAUACAUGCUGGGCGAUCGGUUUGAGCGUUGCCAACCUGACGCAGUGUAUCUUCCGCAACGAGAAGAAAGUGGUCGCCAUCUCCACACUCGUCAAGGGCCUUCAUGGCGUGGAAGACGACGUGUUUCUGAGUGUUCCGUGCGUCCUGGGACGUCAAGGUCUCGACCGUAUGGUUGUACAGAGUCUGACUGAGGAAGAGCGCGCCAAUGUCCUCAAGAGCGCCAAGACAUUGCAUGAAGUUCAGGAGUCCAUCCAGUUCUGACAAGCGGCGUCACACUCUGUGCCCCGGUCGCGGAUGUAGUGCAUCUCCGUGUUGGGUUUUGACUUCGAUUUCUGAUCUUCCUGGCCCCGCUCAUUCCACCCAUCGAUCCCUUUUCUUUUCUUUAUCAGUUUCUCUCAUAUCGAAGAUUUUGAGUUUUUUCUCCUUCUCGUACAUAUCUUGUCUAUUACUCAAUGACCCAAGGCCUAUUUACCACAUUCUAUAUUACUUGUUCUGCUUUGCCAGGCCAGAUUUUAGUUUUAGUGAGAUAUUCACAGUUUGAUAUUGUGCCACUAGUGGCAGUGCCCUUUCUAUGCGGUUACUUUACCUGCCAAAGCUAUUGUUACUUUUUUUUAUCAUGUUGUUGUUUUGAGCGUGGCAUACCGACUCUUUACGCUCGCUCGCGCUCUCUCAUGUGUCUGCCGUGAAUCCACUGCGUGACUUGUUCUACCCGAAUAAACCCUGCUUUCCUGGCAUUGUUCA